AUGGGAAUUUUUCUCAAGCCAUCAUUUACACUUGAGCCUGCAGAAUACAAUCCUACAAAGAGCACUUAUCAUCCUGUUCAUGAUGCUUGCUGGGGCCCUGGCCAAAAGAUACCAUACAUGGCUGUGGCUCGUACUUUUGAAUAUAUUGAGGAAGAAUCUGCCCGGUUGAAAAUUAUAGAGACCCUAAGCAAUCUCUUUCGUUCUGCGAUUGUCCUAUCUCCACAAGACCUGCUCCCCUGUGUCUACCUCUGUCUCAAUCGGUUAGGCCCAGCAUAUGAGGGCCUAGAAUUAGGCAUUGGCAAAACCAUCCUCAUGAAAGCUCUGGCCCAGGCCACAGGUCGCCAAUUGGACCAAAUCAAGGCAGAGGCAGCAGAGAAGGGAGAUCUAGGUUUAGUUGCUGAAAACAGUCGCACAACACAAGGAACUGUGUUUGCUUCACCCAAACUUGGUGCUGCUGCUGGUUUUGGCAAACUGCAAGCAAUUGGUCAUAUGGCAGGAAGCUCGUCUAUGAACAAAAAAAUUGACAUUAUCAAAUCUUUGUUUGUUGCAUGUCGCCAUUCAGAGGCUCGUUAUGUGGCUCGGUCCCUUGAAGGAAAGUUACGGAUUGGGCUAGCAGAGCAGUCUGUCCUCUCAGCUCUUGCCCAGGCAGUAUCACUCACUCCCCCAGGACAAAAAUUUCCCCCAGAUGUUUUGGAUGCUGCAAAGGGCAAAUCUGUAGAUGCACGCAAAGCUUGGCUGGAUGAAAGGGCCUUGAUUGUUAAGCAGGCCUUCUGUGAACUACCAAAUUAUGACAUCAUAGUACCUGUCCUUUUGGAGCAUGGUAUGGAGAGCUUGCCUCAGUACUGCAAGAUCACUCCAGGAUGGGUGAUUGGCACUGGAUUCUCGGAUGAGGACUUAGAGAAACUCCAUAGCUCACUCAAGGACUAUGUGAUUCCUCAGCCACGACCAUACUAUCGUUGGGGUGGAACAGCUGAACCUGAUCACUGGUUGGAAGCCCAGCAUGUUUGGGAAGUGAAGUGUGCUGAUUUAUCCAUUUCUCCCAUCCACAGAGCAGCAUCAGGUUUGGUGGAUGAAGAAAAGGGCAUCUCCUUAUGUUUUCCCAGAUUCCUGCGCAUCCGAGAUGAUAAGAAACCAGAGGAAGCCACUAGCAGUGCUCAGGUGGCUGAACUUUAUCGGAAACAGCAGCAGAUCCAAAAUCAACUGUCACUGGAAAAAGAUGAUGAUUUCUACUAA